CUGCGCAACAUUACGAGCUAUUCCUGUCGUUAGACGGAAAAGCAAGCAACAACAAAUUUGUAUUAUUUGAAUUUGGUACAUUGUAACGUGUCAUCAUGUUACCAAUCUAAAAUAAGAUUGCAAAAUGGGUACCAAAAGAGAAUUUCAUAUACAUGUGACUUAUGGAUCCCAAACUUUCAUAUGCCAAGCAUCUCAAAAUGAAUUCUUAAGAAAAGUAUGUGAAAAAUAUAACCUAAAAGAAGAUGAAAUAGAGAUCUUUGAUUCUAAGAAUAAAAGCUUUAUAGGUAUUUAUGACCUUAAAGACCUGAUGAAAGUUGAAAUCAAGAAAAAAGUUUCUUCUGCCUUAAAUGGCACGAGACAUUCUCCUGGUCCAUCUACUUCCAAACAACCAGAUAAAAAAGAAUUGGUGCAAAAGCUUUUAGAUAACAGAGUUUUGACUGGUUUGGAACGAGCUUUUCUUGUUGAUUUACUGGAAGAUUUUAAUUAUCCUUCUUUGAAACGAAAGAGUGUAGAUGAUUUGGUUCGUCCAGAAAUGAAAAAUCGUAAAGUGCAGGUUGAUGCAGCUAAUCUUAUUGCUACUAGAGUAACUUCUACUCAAACAGAUGAACUAAUAAAUUACAAACCUUCUCUCAAUUCUACAAUAACAGCUAAUGAUAUCAUCAUUCAAAGUAAAAAACUGGCUGCUGCUGAUAAAAUUGAUGCCGCAAUAGCUACUGAUCUAAUGUUAAAAAGUUUUGAUGAACGACGUAACUUCAUAUUAAUAAAAUGCCCCUUUGCAAAAUUUGUGAAAGAAAAAUAUCCUCUGUUAUUUUCAAAUGCUGAAGUCCGAAAUGAACUAGAUCGAAUUUUUUAUGAUGGGAAAUGUACUGAAUUUAUUGCGAAUAUUGAAAAAUAUUCUCCUCAUAUAUUAAGCAUUACAAGAGAUGAUGAUCCUCUUUUACUCACCACACAAAGCAAAAUGAAGUCAUUUAAAACUGUUGCACAAAAGAAAUAUGCUCAAGAUGUUGGAGCUCUUCUCAUGAUUUCAUCAUUGGUGCAUGAAGAUAGAAACUAUCUGAAACUUAUUGAUAAUAAUGUCAAUCCUGGAGAUUUCCCAUAUAUUGAAUGUGAUGCAAAGCAGAAUGAUCUGUAUUUUGAUCAACAUAUAUUUAGGAUCUAUGUUGAAAAUAUUAUGCUUUGUGAAGCCUCAGACUUUAAAGAAGCUAUAUUGUGUUUAGUUGCCAGUUAUUUUAUUUUUAAUAUAAAAUAUCCAGAUGCAAAUUUUAGCACUCUUGUGACAUUUGAAAAAUUAUUUUUAGAAGCUAAUGACACUGACGAGAAUGAAAUAGACCUUGCCCUAAAACAAAUUAUUCGAAGUAUUCAAUUAAAAUGGCAGGCAAAAUCUAAUUCCUGAGUGAAAAGUAUCAUGCGUUAUGCUGGGGAAAAAAAAAACCUCACUACCAUAUUGUAAAUAAAUCAUCUCUAUAUGAUAUUAUAUUUCCAAAGAUUAAAAUUUUGUCUAAUUUUAUGUGAAAUGGAAUUAUUUAGAAUUUUCUUAGAAAUUCCAUACAUUAAAUCAUUUUUAUGCUUUUUUUUUUUUCCUUCAAUUUUUAAGUAUUUUAAGAAUUGGUGCUUAUUCAUACAUUUUUUUUUAAAAAGGCAUUAAGAUUUCGAAAUACUAUAAGACAAACACAUUCUGCUUUAUACUUAGAUUAAUUCAUGAAUUAGCUUCUGCAGAAAAAGUACUUUUCCAUUAACUCAACAACAGUUAGUGUAUUAUGACUAAGAAUGUAUCAAUUACUAAAAUAUAUGCCAAUGCACUAAAUAUAGAUUCUGUAUUGUAUUAUUCUGUAUUAUAGCAUAUUUUGCAGCAUAAGUGUACUUAUAAAUAGGUGCAAUUUAGUAACUCUUUUAAACAGAAAAGUGUUUUUUAUUAUAUGUUUUGACUGUUGUUGAACAAAUUGAAAAGUAUUAUAAACAUUUUUUUUACUCUGCAGAUUAUUAAUUCUAAUGCCUAUUAUAUAAAAUUUACAGAAUCUCUUACUUAUUAGAUAUUAUUGUGUAUUGUUUGGGGUUUUUUUUCUCUUAUAAAUUCAUAGUUAGAUACAGAUAUGGAUGGCUAAAAUUACAGUAGUGUAAGUUACUUUUUCUUGACCUUCCAGAUAUCGUGAAAGCUAAUGAUUUAUUCAGGAGCAAGAGUAUUUUAAUGCUAUUAUUUAAAGUGUAUUGUGGGUCUAAUUUAACUUAGAAGUUGAAUUGUAAUUUAGGCAUUAGUUAGGAUUUUAAAUUUAACCUUUUUUGAAAAAUGACUUACUCUACUUUAACUUUAAUCAGUUCAUAUUAUUGUUUGAAAAAAAAAAUGCCAUUCUGUGCUGAAUCGCAUAAUUCAGCAGUUUAUCAAAAUCAAAUAUAUCCAUUGUGGAACUUUUUCAUGAAAUACAUGCACGCACAAAUUGAUAACUUCAUAGGUAACAUGUUUUUAUCAAUAGUUCUGUUUGAAAGCUAUAUUCUGUGAUAUUAAAUAAUGUUUAUAGAUCUGUGGGUGGAAAAUGGUUAUAGCAGAAUUCUAGUUAGUUAACUAACAUUAGUUUUAUUUUUUAAAUUAUAAAUAAUGCUAAUCAAACUAGCAUUACUUUAGAUAGUUAAAUGCUUGGUCAAUUACAUUAUUUGUAAUUUUUAAAAAUUAAGUUGUAGAAAUUAUAUAUAGGUAUAUAAAAUGGGAAAAUAUAAUUUAUGAAAUAAAGGAGAUUGCAUUUUUGUACUAGUUGAAUACAAAGAUAAGAAAGAAAGCAUUUCUGAAGAGGAACAUUUAUGCUCAUUUAUGAUAAGAACACAUCAUUUAGUUUGCAGUUUUAGUUAGUAAUGAAGUUUUAGGAUCCAUUUGUAAUUAUCCUUCCCAUUCUUCAAUGAGGAAAAAUUAAUAAAUUAGAUUCAUUGUUUAGUUAAGUGUGAAACAGGCUAUUUCUAAACGAUUUAAAUUGUUUUAUUUUUAAAUGCAGUUAAUAUAUUCUAAAUAUAUUAUAGUACUUAUCACAUUCAGA